AAAAUCCAAAUGGACUAUGGAAUAACUUGGUCAAGACGAGUCCAUCCGAAACGCUCACAUCUGAUUGGCACAGUGGUGCGUACCGAUCUUAUCAUGCGCACCUUAUAGUCCUUCGUUUUGAUCGUUUCACCCUACAACAAUGGCGAGCUUGAAGACCGAUUCUCCCCUCUGUCGUCGCAUCGUCCGCUCUUUCUUGGACUUCCUCAAUUCUGUCGAACCUGCUCCUGGUGUUGAUCUUGAAGGUCUUGAGGUAGCCAAGGAAUGUUUGGCAGAGGUCUUUAAGAUUGACCCUUCUUCUGUUGACAGCAGGGAAAAAUCUGAUUUGUUGAUUAACCUAUUCAAUUCAUGGGAAGCAAAUGAGAAACAAGAACAUAAAUCAGAUCUUACUCAUGAAGCAUCAUUAGCAGAUGCACCUAGUACAUCCUCAGCUGAGAUUGCUUCUGAUGCUAAUCAUUCAGAGGCAUCACAAACUCUGGGUGAGGAUUGGACGAGAGAAGCUCACACCUUAGGAGCUUCCGAAGAUGAACUUUUUGGGCAAUUUUUUGGUGCACUUGAAAAAAUUCAUUAUUUCAUCCCGAUGUCUGAUGGACAUGAUGACCAGGGCCAACUGGAUAGAGCAACACACUUAUUUCACAAUGCUGCAAUGGAGAUGAAAAAGUCUGGAUGCCAGAUUUUUGAUGUGAGAAACCUGGCUGAGACCUUCAAAUCACAAGGUAACAGGGCUAUGCAGUCAAAGCUAUACUGUGACGCAAUUGAACUGUAUACUUUCGCUAUUGCACUUAGUGCAGAUAAUGCUGUUUACUAUUGCAACAGGGCGGCUGCUUACACCCAGGUCCAUCAAUACGCAGAAGCAGUCAGGGACUGUCUCAAAUCCAUUGAAAUGAAGCCAAGUUAUAGCAAGGCAUACAGUCGGCUGGGAUUUGCGUAUUAUGCACAGGGGAACUACAGAGAUGCUAUCGACGAAGGAUUUUUGAAAGCCUUGGAAUUGGAUCCAAAUAAUGAUUCUGUGAAAGAGAAUAUUCGGGUGGCAGAGCAAAAAUUGGAAGAGGAGCAACGAAGGUCAGAACAUCAUCAGAACUCGAGUUCAGGAAGUCAUCAAGAAUCAAAUCAGCAGUCUGCAGGGGAACCGAGGAGUCAUGCCAUGCCUCCGCCAUUUACAUCAAUGCCAUUCAAUGCUAAUGGCCUUCCUGCAGAUAUUGCAAGUAUGUUUAGGAACAUGGCUGGCAAUGCGUUUCAGGGACAACAUCCUCAACACAGGCAAGAAGCAGAUGGCAAUACUGAUACAGUUGAUGAGCCAGAAAUAAGAGUCAGUGGCAACGUAAACGUCAAUUUCGGGGAACAAAUGCCUGAGGAGCUAACGGGGGCUUUGAGAUCUGUGAUGGAGAUGUUUCAAGGAGCAUCGUCGUCUUCUGUUAAUCGACAAGAUAAUGUGAAUGGAAGAUCGGCGCCAAGCUAAUUUGUGUUGGACAUGUAAAAGGAGAAUAUUGUGCUUAUUGAGAAAGUUGCAGAGAAGUAUCAAACCUUAGUUGUGAAACAAAAGCACAUAUAUCAGUGCUGUUUUGAAAUUUCUUAGGGUUUAGACUUGAUUCACAUCAUGUUUGUUGUUUCGUUCUUCCUUGCUAAUGUUCUGUCUGGUUCAUGGAUGAGGAAAGAGAAAAGAAAAUGAAAAUGUUACUAUUUUGAUGUUAAAAUGUUUGUUAUUGCUUC